AUGGCAGAGGGGGUUAAAGAACCAGUGGGCGUGGGCACCACUGAUCCAGAAGAGGACUCUCCGAAUAUGAUCGUAUAUAGAAAGAUUGAAGACAUUGUGACACGAAUACAAGAUGAGAAUGCAGGAGGUGUAUCCAUCCGGACUGUCAAAAGCUUCCUCUCCAAGAUCCCCAGUGUGGUUUCAGGUGCAGACAUUGUUCAGUGGCUGAUGAAAAACCUGACUGUUGAGGAUCCAGCUGAAGCUAUUCACCUUGGGAGUCUGGUCGCUGCACACGGCUACAUCUUCCCCAUCUCCGAUCACGUCCUGACACUAAAAGAUGAUGGAACUCUUUAUCGUUUUCAGUCUCCUUACUUCUGGCCUUCAAACUGUUGGGAGCCGGAGAACACAGACUACGCCAUUUACCUUUGCAAGCGCACCAUGCAGAACAAGGCCAGGCUUGAGCUCGCUGACUAUGAAGCUGAGAACCUCGCCAGGCUGCAGAGGGCCUUCGCCAGGAAGUGGGAAUUUAUCUUCAUGCAAGCUGAAGCUCAAGUCAAGAUUGAUAGGAAGAAGGACAAGGCAGAGAGGAAGAUCCUGGACAGCCAAGAGAGGGCUUUCUGGGACGUCCAUAGACCAGUGCCAGGCUGUGUCAACACCACGGAGAUGGACAUCCGCAAGUGCCGAAGAGAGAGGAACCCACACAGGGUGAAAAAGUCGGUUUAUGGGGUACCAGACGACGGACAGAGCCAGCCGAGCCCUGUUCACAUCAGCUCCCAGCCCACCAGGAAGACCACCAAAGAGGACGUUCAGAAGGAGAUUACCUUCCUGAACAGCCAGCUGGACAGACACUGUAUGAAGGUUUCCAAAGUGGCAGACAGUCUGAUGAGUUACACUGAGCAGUUCAUGGAGUAUGACCCCUUUGUGUCAGCCACAGAGCCUUCAAACCCCUGGAUCAGUGAUGACACGUCCUUCUGGGACCUGGAGGCAAGUCGUGACCCAAGCCAACAGCGUGUGAAGAAAUGGGGCUUCUCUCUGGAGGAGGCGCUAAAAGAUCCAGCAGGACGAGACCAGUUCCUGAAGUUCCUGGAGUCAGAGUUCAGCUCAGAGAAUCUGCGGUUCUGGUUAGCGGUGCAGGAUCUGAAGCGGCGGCCGCUCCAGGAAGUGUCUACCCGGGCUGAGGAGAUCUGGCAGGAGUUCCUGGCCGAGGGAGCACCGAGCUCCAUCAACCUGGACUCUCACAGCUACGAGCGGACCAGCCAGAACAUCAAAGACCCCGGACGCUACAGCUACGAGGACGCUCAGGAGCACAUAUUCAAGCUAAUGAAAAGUGACAGCUAUGCACGCUUUUUGCGAUCCAACAUCUACCAAGACCUCCUGUUAGCCAGAAAGAAGCAGCCAGCAGACACUGAGCAGGGCCGCCGCACCUCCUUGGAGAAGUUCACCCGCAGUGUGGGCAAGUCACUGACGGGGAAGCGCCUGACAGGCCUGAUGCAGUCAUCCUGACACCUCCUGUGCUGCAGGGCCACAGACGGACCCUGUAGGGGGGUCGACAGCCGCACAGGGGCCCAGACAGCGACGCUGGGCUGGAUGGGGCUGCUGUGGAGGCUAACAGACUCUGCUUAGAGGACUGCUGUCUGGAUGGAAGUAUCGGUAAAGCACUGGGCUUGAUGGGGACUAAAACAGAACCACAAAGGAAAAAAGACAAUGAUGACAAAGGGAAGCCUCAGACAUCACACCACAUGGCAUGCAGCAUACAGUAUAAGCACAUUCAGACCAUGUCUGCCCUCUUUCUGUCACUUAGUCUGCAAAGUGUCGACUAAGCUGAUCUGUUUGUGUUGUUUUUAUUUUGUUUUCUGUCCAUGUGUUUUAAAAAUUAAAAGCACAUAUCUGGUAUUAUAACAAUAUUCUUUGAUACAUUUGUCGCAACAUUUGUAAUGAAUUCACUAUUAGUGAAGUAGUCGUAAAAUAGCUGGGGCCGAUCCUGACUGAAGUAUACUCUGACAAAAGGUCAUAGACGCACAUCAUUACUGAUACAAAGAUACAAAACUCUGCAUACGACUGUGUAACCACAAGGCAGCCAGCAAUAAGUGAAACGUCUGUUGAUUUUUUUUCUGUUUUUAGAAAUUAUCCAAACUCUUUUAUAUCUUUGAAAUUUCUCGUAUCUGUUCCUUAUAAAGCACAUGCCAUCUGAAAAUAAAGUUUUGGCAGAAAUCAA